AUGAAGACAGAAUCAGCAGGUCAGACACAAAGCCAGUUAGUUCCACAAGCAUCUGUUAAGAUGUCCCUGGAUGAAAUGAAAGAUCUCCAGCUGGUGGGAAAAUACAUACAACCAGAAACCACGGAAGUGAAUGGAGUCCUUAUGACCAAGAUAAUGAGUGAUAAUUGGGACAAAAUCAGGAAUUUCCAAGCAAAACCUGAUGAUCUUCUCAUUGCAUCCUAUGCAAAGUCAGGCACAACCUGGACUCAAGAAAUUGUGGACAUGAUCCAAAAUGAUGGAGAUGUGCAGAAGUGCCAGAGGGCCAACACCUUUGACCGUCAUCCUUUCAUUGAGUGGACUCUACCUCCGCCCCUCAACUCAGGUCUGGAUCUGGCCAGCAAAAUGCCUUCUCCUAGAACUUUGAAGACUCACCUGCCUGCUCAGUUGCUGCCACCUUCCUUCUGGAAAGAAAAUUCAAAGAUUAUCUAUGUGGCUAGAAAUCCAAAGGACUGUCUGGUGUCCUACUACCAUUUCUCAAGAAUGACUAAAAUGAUGCCUGACCCUGGUACAUGGGAGGAGUAUAUUGAGUCAUUCAAAACUGGAAAAGUGCUGUGGGGCUCCUGGUAUAACCAUGUGAAGGGAUGGUGGGAUGCGAAAGACAAGCAUCGUAUUCUCUACCUCUUCUAUGAGGACAUGAAGGAGGACCCAAAGAGGGAAAUUCAGAAGAUAUUGAAGUUCCUAGAGAAAGAAAUGCCAGAAGAAGUCCUGAAUAAAAUCCUCUAUCACACCUCCUUCGACGUAAUGAAGCAAAACCCAAUGGCCAACUACACCACUUUGCCCACCAUCCUCAUGGACCAAUCUAUCUCCCCUUUUAUGAGGAAAGGGAUGCCUGGGGAUUGGAAGAACUAUUUCACUGUGGCCCAGAAUGAAGAAUUUGACAAGGACUACCAGAAGAAGAUGGCAGGGAGCACCCUGACCUUCCGCACAGAGAUCUGA